AGACCACUUGCCCAACCCAUGAAUGGAUGCGAAGGACAUUAACAAAAUGGCACGGAUGGUCUUUCAAGGCAGGAUGGCAGCGUUCUCCCAGCAGACCAGUGCUGUCAGGGACUUGGGGACUUGGCACCCACUUCGCCACGAGGUCUUCGAAGUCUUUGAAUCAAAUUGGAAGACUCGUUUCGCAGGGUUCGUUGAACCAUCUCCAUCUUCGCAUUAAAAGGGGAAUGUCAGGUUCUCUGACAAUUCUGACACGACUAUUGCGAUUGUUUAAGACUUGUGGAAGAGCUCUUGAAAGGGCAGCCAAAAACACGAAUCUUUUUGUUUUCAUUCUGAUCUUGGAGCCUGGUUUGUGACUAUAUAUGGUAGUGUAUUAGACCGGUCAUGUCUUUCUCAUGUGGUAUAUUGCAUGUUUGUGUGACAUAUGCUUCUUCUGUAGCAUACAAUCCCUAGAGUACCCCACGAAGUGGAAGGUUCUUUUUUGGGCUUGACGUGGACGUGUUUGCAAGUGUUGUGUUAAACUGUCUCGCUUUCGCAGUCCGCGAGUUGGCUGCUUUCUGCCUGAUGCACACCAUGGUUUUUCCAACGAUGGACGGGGACCGGUGGCACCACCGUCGUCGCUUGGACCCCUUUCUCCAGCGCCGAAGAGGCUGGCGGAGGUCCGUGAUCGGUCCCUGCGCUGCGGAGCCGUGCUGGAUGCGGCAAGCCUGGGCGGUGGAAACGGUCCCAGCUGGUCCCAGCUUUGGAGGGCUGUCCGAAGAAGCGAAGUGAGCUGGGAUCUGUGGGACAGAAAGAUCAACAUCCUUGGGACAGAACUCUUGAAUUACUGGAGCAGAAGUAAGACAUGGACGUCCAAUGGAAGCAUCCAACCCCGAGCAUCAGUUUGUGCUGCAGGUUCAACGGCUACUCCGGGAUGGCCCUCUGCAAAAUGCGGAGGAGGGGGCCAUUUGCGCGGCUGCGCUGUCCAGGCAACGGCUGUGGGAGGAGGCGCUCCAGUUGCUGGUGAAGAAUGAGUUCUUGAAGGAGACUGCAGGGCUCAAUGCUGGCAUCAAUGCAUGCCGAGCGGGGUUUCAAUGGGAGCUUGCCUUGCAUUUAGCUGCAGAAGCUAGCGCGACGUGGGACGCUGUGACUUACUCCAUGCUUUUAGCAGCAUGCAGCCGAGGCAGCUCGUGGGAACUCGCGCUGGAGUUCUUGCGAAAUGCUGCCCACGUUGGGUUCGCCCGCUUGAGCCACGUGUCCAGCGCCGCCGCCAGCGCCUGUGGCAGGGCGUCGGCCUGGGCGGCGGCGCUGGCCCUGGCGGCGCGGGACCGCGACGAGGCAGUUCUGGCUGCAGCGAUUGAUGCCUGCCGGCGAGCUCAACAGUGGGAGGCCGCCCUGGCGCUCUUUGGCACGCUGAAAAGCAGCGGCCACAGGUCGGCAGCGGGCGCCGGGGCAGCCGUGUCGGCCCUUGCACACGGCAGCCGCUGGGAGGAGGCCCUUCACUUGUUCGAGUCAGAGUUCCAGCUCCAGGAGGCCAUGAACCCGGGCAUCCGUGGCUUUGCGGCCGCGCUGCAGGCCUGCGCUGCAGGUGGCCACUGGCAGAUCGCCUUAAGCUUCUUGGAAGAGAUCGAAAGGAGGCAGCUUCCGCCAGACAAGCGCUGCUUCGACAUUGCUUUGAGUGCCUAUCGCAAGAUGCCAACUCUGGUGGAGGGAGGGUGGACGUCGCCUCAGUGGAGGGAGGGGGCCGUAUUGACACUCUCUCGACGGCGUUGUGACUGCGCACCUGUCUAAAGAAAACGAAGAAACGAGGCUUUCUUCACGAACCAUUUUCUUAUCGACAUGACAUCAGUGCAUGAUUUUGGUCCCGGUUUUUGUGGUCUCAGUCCGAGCACGAACAUCCCACGUCAGGCAACGUUGCUCGGUCCACAGGUCAUGUCCAGUUG